AUGGAUCUUCUACCGGACAGAGAGCCCGACACUCCAUUCAGACGGCUUAUUAUUGCCGUCGACUUUGGGACGACCUACUCUGCGAUAUCUUACGUGGCACUAGAGAGCGGAGAGUCUAUAGAAGAUAUAAAUCUCGACCGGGUACGCUCGAUACAGAAUUUCCCCGAUGACUGGAACAUGGGUGUCGCGGGUGACCACAUGAAGAGCGAGGUUCCUACUGAGGUUAUGUACCCUCUGGAUCGGCACUUUCGCGAUAAGGAAGACUUGGAGCCUGACGAGGACCCGGGCGAGGACGACGGGGAGCGUAAUGUCGACGAUGGAGUACAGGCCGAUAUAGACAUGGAGGGGGUUAGCUUUGACGGAGACAAUGAUGAUGAUGAUGAUAUAUUCGGUCGUAACGCGCACGAAGACUCGGUUAACGAAAUGACCAUUGACACGCCAAAUUCAUUCCGCUGGGGUUACGCCGUGCACGAAGCCCGGAGACUGCCUGCUGCGCAUACCGACCCGAAGAACGAAGCAUUGUCCCGCUUCAAACUGCUGCUCGACAACAGUCCGCUGACAGACCGUGUCCGACAGGAACUUAGGGAUCCUCUGGAGCAGUUGCGUAAAAGACACAUCAUAAAGAAUGACCUAGAUGUCAUCGUCGACUUUCUUACGUGUCUCCUAAGACACACCAGAACUGAGCUCGAGGCGGCCGGAUUCGACGAUAGUUACCAGAUGGAGAUAGUUCUCUGUGUACCCACUAUCUGGACUCAAAAGGCCUGUCGGGACAUGCAAACGGCCAUGGCCAAGGCAAUGCAGAGAGCAAGAUUUGUCGGCGUUGACGUGCAAAAUAAUAGCAUCGAGAAUUUGUUUAUAGUAUCUGAGCCGGAGGCAGCGGCAGCAUACGUCCUGAAAAAUGACGAGCAUAUAUCGCCGGGGGAUACUUUUGUUCUUCUAGAUGCUGGUGGCGGAACGGUCGACGCGAACACUUACACCGUCAACUCGACAAUCCCGCUCCGUCUCGAGCGAGAAGUGGCUACGCCCGGUGACAAGCGCGCUGACCAGGCCACAGGGGGUCUUUACGGAUCAAGCUAUGUGAAUGAGAAGUUUCGCACCUGGCUCACGGAUAAGCUCAAAACCGAGACGUACCUUGAAGACGGGACGAAUACGAUCAAAGGACACGUUGAGAGAGCGAUAAUCAACGAGUUUGAGUACCGGACGAAGCGUUCAUUCGAUCUAUUUCGGGUGAACAGGGUCUAUAGCUUUCACGUUUCGAAUCUCCGUGACGAUCCAGCUAAAGGCUUUAGGGGAAGCUGCGUUCAAGUAUCCCCGGAGAAAAUGACGAGUUUCUUCGAAUCCUGCCUCAAGGGCAUCGCCAGUAUCAUGGAGGACCAAAUAAGCGCGGCUAGGGCGCAAGGGACUAGGGUCCAGAAAGUCCUUCUCAUCGGAGGCUUUGCCGCGUCCGUCUCUCUGCAAAAAUACCUCCGCCAUAAACUGUCGCAAUACUGCAAGCGACAUGGGUGCAAUAUCUCACUGGUUGUACCAGGGAACACGUUUGUUUUGCCCAAUAUACCCGAUGUAAGCUCAGAAGCACUACUGACGAAGCGACUGGCUUGCAGGGCUACGGCCGUUGCAUCUGGUGCCGUUUUGCGCGCCAUCAACAAAGAAGGCGGACCGCGAAGAAUUGCGAAAUCCAGCUACGGUAUCCUCAGAACUGAGCCUUUCCGGGAGUUCCCCGAACAUGCCGGCCUCAAACCGUCUUAUGACCCGGAUGACGGCCUACCAUACGUGGUGAAUACUAUCGACUGGGUGCUGAAACUGCUGAAGCACAUAAACAAUCGCGGUGCCGAGAAAGUUGGCGAGAUCGUCGUGGACUUCACCUUCCUUCGCGAACAUGGUUUGAUUCACCCGAUAAACGGGUCAGUAAACGACCGGGGCAAACGUGUGGGGAGACGGCAUUACCGGGUGAACUACCUCUUGACCAUCGAGGUGGUGGACCGUGAUUUGCGGUGUUAUGCUGUUUACGAUGGCAGGAUAAUGGAGAGAUGUAGAAUCAAUAUCGCCUCUGCGUUUAUCCAGGGAUAA